AUGUCUGCCCCGAGGAAUAGACGCUUUGAAUCUGUUGCUGAGUUUGUCAAACGCUACAGUCACCGUAAAAGGCAGUGGGAAAAUAUUGUAAGUUCAGGGGGUCAAGUGGACCUAGGCAUUACAGAAGAGAAUCUUCGUAGGCUUGGUCAUUUGGGAAUACCAAAGGGUGUCAACAAAGAUAGUUUGAUUAAGCCGAGUGAAGACUGGUUCAAGGAACAUCCUGAGUUCCGUGAAGACUGGGAGAGCAUGAUAAAGAAUUUCCGUGGAGGACGAGAAAUCAUCGAGGCCAAGCCGUCUCUUAACACUGCUGGCUUCUUAUCGGCAAAGCCAAAUCAAACUGCUGAUCUUCAAAAACACAGCAAACUCAACGAAGAUGCCAUCAAUCCUAGUACCUCUUUCUUGAUGCCCUCUCAGACCCAUCCCGGCAACAGCAACCCAUUUUCAGCCACACCAGGUGCAACUACAACAAUGUUUCAUGGUGGUAACAGCAGUAUAGAUGGAUGGAUCAAUCAAUGGCGAUGA